AUAGUAGGAGCAGAGAGGAGGAAAGUUAGGAAAUCAACCGGUAAUUUCAGAGAAAAUACGUGGAUUUUUAUGUCAAAUAGACCAACGUACCCCGUGACGCCGGUGGUGAUGUGUAGAGCGUUUGAACCAAUAAAUGUCUGCCACAUCACCAAUAUCAUUCCCCAUUCGGCAUUCAUUCCGUACCCUUCGACGGUAGCCGUCAACCCCACCCACCCCACCCCACCCCUACUCUGUUUUUUCCGUCAACGAGAAAAAAAAUUUAUUAAACCUAUAAUAAUGAUAAUCUUACAAAAGAGAGAGAAAACCGAGACAGCGAAAAUGCCGGUACCCUUCUGAGAACCCUAAUCCGAUCAACCUGAAUUCACUUUCUCCGACUCAGGGAUCCAUCUCUUCUUCUUAGAUCUAGCGUGUAUUUCAGAUUGGUUUAUAUUUUGAGGGGGAAAAAGUCUUUAAUUUUAACGUGGUUUUGUAUCGUUCACAACUCAGAAGGAUUGUUGGGUUUAAACGCUAGUUCGAAAAUAGUUUCGCCGAUCCGAAACUACUUAUCUUGAUCGGAAAUAUUACUAUUCUGUACACCGGCCGACGAGGAAAAGAAUUCUGAUGGAGGAGGACGACGAGAUCCAGUCACAUCUGUCUCCGGGAAGUGCAUCUCCGGCGUCUCCAAGACCCGUCGGAAGGAUAACGGUUACGGUGGCGGCGGCGCCACCUCAGCAGCCGGCGGCGCAUAACGCUCUGACACUGGCUCUUCCUAUACAGACUAGGAAUGGCGGGGGUGGAGGUGAAAGAGGUAGCGGCGGCGGUGGUGGUAGGGAAGACUGCUGGAGUGAAGGAGCGACGUCAGUUCUGAUUGACGCUUGGGGCGAGCGGUAUUUGGAGCUCAGCAGAGGGAAUCUAAAGCAGAAACAUUGGAAAGAGGUGGCAGAUAUUGUUAGUGGUAGGGAUGAUUAUACGAAGGCCGCAAAGACGGAUAUUCAGUGCAAGAAUAGGAUUGAUACUGUGAAGAAGAAGUAUAAGCUUGAAAAGGCUAAGCUUUCGGCCGGCGGAGUGCCUAGCAAGUGGCCUUUCUACGACAGACUCGAACAUUUGAUUGGUCCCACUGUGAAGAUUGCCGGUUCCGGUGGUGGUCAUAAUGCCGUAGCUUUAGUGAAUAGCUCUGCCCAGCAGACGCAGAAGGUUCCCCUCGGAAUUCCGGUUCGUGGGGUUAGUCCGUUUCAAGGACAACGGGACCAGAAACCGCUUCAUCAUCAGCAAGUUCAGCUGAAGAACCAGAAGAUGCAAUACAAGAGACGGGGUCCGGUGGAUUCAGGCUCGUCUAGGGAGGCAUCUCCUGCUUCAACGGAUAGUUUCCCAAUGGAUUUUUACGAGAGGAAAAGGGCGAGGACGGCAAGGGAGAUGAAUGUGAAUGCUAAUUCGAAUUCAAAUCCUGGGAGGGGUGGAGGAGGAGGAGGGGGGGCAUUUAAGGGAGGAAAAGAGAAGAAGGGUUGGGGAAAUGCGGUUAAGGAAUUGACUCAAGCUAUAUUGAAGUUCGGGGAGGCUUAUGAGCAAGCUGAGAGCUCGAAAUUGCAACAGGUAGUGGAGAUGGAGAAGCAGCGAAUGAAUUUUGCUAAGGAGUUGGAGUUGCAGAGGAUGCAGUUCUUUAUGAAAACCCAAUUGGAGAUUUCGCAGCUCAAGCAUGGGAGAAGAGGUGGGAUUGGGAAUGCCAGUAAUCAUCAUCAUAGUAACAAUAAUAACAAUAACAGUGAUAGCAGCAACUGAGAUUAGGACUGGUUUAUCUGUUUAUGGUAGAAAGAAAAUCCAUGUUUGAGAUAUUUGUAUUUGUAACUGAGAAGAUGCUAGUGUAUUUGUCUCGUAUCCCUCUAAUUUAAUCACAAUUUGAUUGCCCUGUUUGCCUUUUUCUA